CUAUCAUUCGGUGCCAGUUGGCGUUGCACAAGGUUGUGGCCGAGGUUGUUGGAUCUCGUCUUUCGAGCAUCGAUGGACCAAUCAGGACGGACUGCUCGAAUCCAACUUACUUUAUAUUUCGCCGACGAUGGUCUCUGCGACGGCCGACAGCUCCGACUACGUGAGCCGCUUCCAGGCGCUCUACAAGGCCAACGCAGUCUCGAGCGUCGCAACCAUGUCCCAUCCCAAGGUACUCGCGCAGCUCGCGCCCUUCAAGCUUUCUUGGGGCAGCCUUCCGACGCUCUUGCAGCAAGCGGUGCUCUGGGACCUCGGCCUCGUCGUCGCCACCGUCAGCGGCGCCGAUAAGCUUGUCCAAGUCUACCCGCUCUGCUCGGCGUCCAUGGACAACCUCUUCUUUCCGCCGGCGACGUUUCUCUCGCUUGACGGCACGUCGCCGCAGAUCUGUCCAUCCACUGCGUACACCAACUACACGCGGCAGUACGUCGCGUCCGGCCCGGGCCUCACGCCUGCGAUUCGCUGUGCGAUCGAUGCGAGCGCGUCCGCUGUGCCCGAUGGACAGUCGGCCAUGUAUGCCCAAGACGCACUAAGUGCGAGCGACGUGCCCGAGCCCCGGGUGUGGUCGCACCAGCAGUCGGGGCAGUCGUGGGUCAUUCUCGCCAUUCACUCUCUUCCCAAAACUUACGGGCGCGAGGCGACGUGGGGCAACUGCCCGGACGAAGCCCAGAAGCAGCGCAGCGCACUCACGAUUCCUUGCGUCGUGUACAGCAGUCGCCCGACCACAGCGUCCUUUUGCGAGCCCACGACGCUCUCGCCCGCCAUGACUUCGUGGCUCAAAGCGUACGCCAACCCUACCUCGGCGCCGUCAUCGACGACUGCUACUCCGAACCUCGACCCGUCACCCGGACGCCCUUCGUCCGCAACGACGACCGAGGAGAGCUCGUCGGCCGUACUCGUCGGCGCGAUUGUGGGUAUUGUCGGCGGGCUUAUCCUGGCCAUCUUGCUCAUCCUCGUCUACCGCCGUCGGAAGCGCCAGCAGCGCCGCAGUGAGAUCCAGUUUGAGCCGUUCGAGCCGCCCAUCACGUACGCCACCACCCGCGGCGACACGAUCGAGUUGGUGCCACAGAGUUACCAUGCGCUCGAGACGCCGCGGAGUCCAUCGCACACCAUUUGUGUUGCAUGGAGUACGCACACGCAGCUCAAUUCUGCGUCCGUGCAAGCGCUGCGCGUCAACAUGGCGGACUUUGUCGCGACGGCGCAGCUCUCGACGUCGGUGGUCGCCGGCGCCCUGAGCCACCAAGCAGUGGUCGUCAAGUACGCUGAGAUUGACGUCAACUUGGAUACAUUUGUUCAAAAUAUUGCGCUGCAGAGCUCGCUCAAGCACCGCAGUAUCGCUGCGUUUGUCGGCUUUGGCUACGACCCGAACGACAAGGCGAGUCUUUGCGUCGUUGCCGAGUACCUUGCGUUCGGGACGCUCGAAGCCUUCCUGAGCGACCAAGCGGAGUGGUCGUGGGAGGCCAAGAUGAGCGUCGCCCUGGACAUUGCCCAGGGGUUGCAGUACCUCCACGACCACAGCGCCUUGGCCCCGCGCCUCCGAAGCCGCCAUAUCUUGCUCGUGUCGCACGAACACGCCAAGCUCGCGAAUUUUAGCCUCACGACCCACGUCGCCACGCCCGACGUGACGUAUUGGACCGCGCCCGAGGUCGUCCGCGGCGAGGCCUAUUCGUCGGCGGCCGACAUGUACGCGCUGGGGUGUGUUUUCGCCGAACUCGAUACGCACAAGCGACCGUACGCUGAUGUGCCGCUGCCCGCAGCGACGAUUGCCACGCGCGUCGUCGCCAAGGGGCUGCGGCCGUCCUUCACCGGGCACUGCCCCAUCGACAUUCGCAAGCUCGCCGACGAAUGCCUCUUGUCCGACCCGGACGAGCGCCCCACCGCGUCCGAGGUGGCGGCCGAGCUCACCAAGAUCCUGCACUACCACCGCGGCUCGGGCGGGGUGUUGACGCAGAAUUAAGAUCUUAGAGUACGAUAGUACGUCAUGUCAUUUGUGUCGUGUCUCAAAUCAAGGGUAUUGGCAAGCGCGCCGUACGAGGUCGCUGUACGAGUUGCCGUAUGUGUCGCAGUGUGUCACGUGGGCACUUUGGAAACGCAGAUUGAGAUGCACAGCGUCCAGAGCCUCACCCACAGCCAAAAGCGUCGUAGGGCGACGACCGACGAGUCGGACGAGUCUCCGCGUCGCCAUCUGCGCAGCCACGGCCCGG